CUUUGUGCUUUGACUGAGCAGCUGGAGGGUCUGUUUAAAAGGCACCUACACAGGAGGAUGUGGUCUUGGUAUUUCACGCUGCCAGCGUUUCACAGCUGUGGUUGAUCCGUAUUGAUCUAGGACACUGAUUAAUGCUAUUAUUGGCUAUGGAGCAGAGUUCAUGCACAGAGGACCGUAUCCAGCAUAGCCUCGAGCGCUGCCUCUGUCACCUGGGAAUCAACUCUCCUGACAAGCAGCUCUGGAAUGCUGGACUGUGCAUAAGCCGCUGGUGUUUGGAGGAACUUGUGAAGAGGCAUCCCAACCACUUCCUCAUCCUUCUGCAGAAAAUACUGCAAAAAACAAAGAAGGUGCUGGAGGAGUGUCAGUAUGAACUGGUUGUGCCUCUGACCCUUCUCUUCUCUGAAGCUCUUCUCAGAGCCCCCUAUGUAGCCUCAGAGUGCAAUGUGCUGCAGGAGGCCUACCUGUUGUUCCACCAGUUCCUGGCCUGGCCGGAGCCUUGCAGUUCUGCCAGUAGACGUUUACUAAUCAUCAUCGAGCAGGAGAUUCGAGCUCCAGGCAUUUUAUUUCUCCGACUGGUAAAGACUGAGCAGGCUGUUUCCCCUGAAGUUAACUGCUCUAAAACCAUAAUGGUGCUGUUGGUGAGCCCAGACAAUGAUGCGCCUCAGGAGGUCCAGUUGGCCUCUGAGCAGCUCAGUACCAUCCAUUACUCUAACAGAAACGUUGUAAUAACCCUCAUCCUGCACAGCUUCCAGGCUGCUUUUGGUACUGGACUCGACCUGAAGGCUCUCAAUGCUGCCCUGCAGACAAAGGAGUUAUAUCAGCUGGAGCUGCUUUUGGAGACAAUAACUGGCAGCAUGGAGACAGCAGCCUCUGUGCCGGAUUAUGCAACUGCUCGGAGCGGUCUACUUCACAGCUUGGAGACGAUCAGAGAAAGCCUUGCUGUCCCAUCUGGAGAUGGUUGCUCAGAGACUGGUUCUGUAGAGCUUCUAAUGCUGCCCUAUCCCAAAUGUCACACUUGCAUAUGGGAGGAUGAUAACUUCGAUGUUCUAAAAGACAUUCUUGCAGUCGAUUCUGACCUAGAUUCCCCUCCUGAAUGUUUCCCGAAAAUAGAGGAGGAUGAUACCAUUGACACUAGCGUUGAUGAAGAAGAUGAGUCGGACUCGAGCAAAAAGGAUGAUCAGUUUCAAAGCAACCGGAUCUCCACUGCCUCAUCCUCCUCCAGGGACUCUACUUUUUCAGGACACUCUCUUUCCUCCAGCUGGUCGGUGCGAUCUGCUUCAUCUGGAGUGGAAAGCGACUUCAGUGAGGACACAGCGCAUGAGGAUCCCGAGGAGGGACGAGGCAAACAUCUGAAGGUUAGAAAGAAACCCAAGAAAAAGUCCAAAUCCCUUUUGGGUUUGCCGGGUUUCGCCUCACUCUUCAAGACCCCCCACAGUCCAAGCUCUUGCCGCCGCGUCCAGAGCAUGGGCUACAAUGGUGACAUCAGCAAAGACUACCUAAUGACUGGGGCACAGCUCAAACAUUCAGGGACUGCCACAAGACAUCUUCAUCCUCUGAAUGCUACCAUAAGUCCGAUGGAUCCCUCCUCUCCCCAAAGGAACAUUUGCAUUCGCAGGAGGCCCAUUCUGAGCAUAGACGAAGGGAAUGAAGCAGAAGUGCCAACUGUUGUCAAGGUGGUUGCAUUUGGAGGUGACAGAGAGGCUGGGAGGCUUGCCCGAGCAUACAAUGACCUCCGACAGAAGGAAAGAAAGUGUCCACAACUCACCAAGACAUGCAGACUGCAGUUUUACUUUGUUCCAACAAAGAGGAAUCCUCCAAAUACAGCAGGAGGACACACAACAGCAGAGGGGCAGGAGUCAAAUGGUCAUGAAGUGGAGGACAGCACAACAGAUAUCGGCCAGAUGUUGGGCCUGAUAGACCCGUGGUAUGAACGUAACGUUUUCAGUCUGCUCAGCCUAUCCUCUGAAGUGCUCUGCGAGGCUGCUCCAAAGGACGAUGAUGUUUCCACCAGCACCGGCAGCAUGGAGCAUCGUCUUCCACUGCUGGCCGACUUGGUGCUCUAUUACUGCCGACACGCCGAUCAGCCCGUUCUGGUGCAGCUCUACCAGGCUGAGCUGACCUUGGUGGGGGGAGAGAAGAGAAAGGAAGUAUUCAUUCAUUCCAUGGAGCUUGGACACACAGCUGGAGCCAGAGCUGUUAGAGCCAUGGGAGCUGUGAGCAAAAGGUUGGGAAUUGAUGAAGAGCGGGAGGCGGUUCCCCUCACACUGAGAGUAGCCUACAACAAGGUGGCCAUCAGUGGGAGGAGUCGGUGGAUCCACAAAGAGGUGGUCUGCACGUCGCUUAACCUUCAAAAAACAUGCAGGGAUUCUGAGAAGCUUGAUUGGAAAGAGGGCCUUCAGCUGACGAUGACAGAGGUUCUGAAAAAGCAGAACUCUAAAUCAAAAAAAGGUUAUAACCAGCAGAUCCUGAUGUCAGAAGUAAAGGUAGACAAGGUGCAGGUGACUGCUCAUGAAGACAGGGCUACGUUUGCCGUUUGUCUGGAUCAAGACAAAAAGACUUUCAUCCAGAAAGUCAGAAGGUGUGAGGUGUCGCUGUGCAGCAAAGCAGGCAGCAGUUCAGACUGGAGGUCUUACAAAACGCUACCGGGCCAAAUCCAACCCCUGAACCCGACCUUCUGCUCCCUGCUCUGCCUUCCCAUCACCUCCUUCUCUGCCUCGGCUCAGUGACCCGCCGAACAAAGCACUAUCUGAGGAUCCGGGAUGAGUCAGAGGGGGGAGCAGGAAAAUUUAAAUUUAGCACCAGAGUGAACAUUUCAUUUCAAAAAGCAGAU